CAUCCCGUACCAAUUAACACCAAAUAACACAACUAAAAAAAUAGAAUAUGCAUAAGACACAUAAUUAUGCCUCCACACGUAAUAUGAAACGCAACUAAUUAAGCGGCAGGAUGGACCAUGUCGCCUUCACGGAGAUAGUGGCAAGGUCCAGCAUUAUUUCUUGACAGGCACAUCCAUGGGUGUCCGUUUUGAAGGAACAGUAAUAGCUUUUCUUACCUACCUCCAGUUUCAUAUGCGUCCAAGUAUCCUUCUCUACAGCAAUCACAAACCUCCUCAAGCCACAUGACUCAGUGAUAGUGCCACGAAAGAGUUGAAUUCUUUCAUGUGAAUCAUCAAUAAAAACAAAUGCACUGAGAGACAGAUUGAAUCCACUCUGCACCUUUGCUAUGAUGACUUGUAUUGUGGCUUCCACUGCCCUGCAAACGCUUGCAAAAGUGAGGUCAACCGCACCAGAAUCACCUUCGAUGCAAGUCGUGAAUAGUUCCGAAUCAGCUACUCCAUCCAUCUGCUCCACGUUUGGUCCCAACUUCUGGGAUUGAAAGGAGAUUUCAGUAGCUGGAUCCUCGCCGCCACCAAUCUCCCAUCAGUCAGUCCAGAAGGUCAUCCAUUUCUUCCAAGGUCAUUUUAUCAAUUAACCUGCAGAACACGACAGCCGAGAAGAGCCUUUUGUUUUUCCGGUCCCAAGGUCCCAUCGCAUCUCAACAAGUCAAUUAUGGAGUUCAGCCUGGAGAAGCGCGUGAGGAAAGGCGUCAAGUCUCUCCUUACGGAGCUGGAGAUGAUGCAUGCCGUCCUCCGCAAGGUCGGCAACAUUCCGCCGGACCAGCUCGAUGAGCAGGUUCGGAUCUGGGCGGGCAAGGUGAGGGAGCUGUCCUACAAUAUGGAAGACGCGGUCGACAGCUUCUUUGUGCGUGUUGAGGAAGGCCGUGAGCGUGGACCAACCAACAUGAAGAACCGAGUCAAAAAGUUUCUGAAGAAGACAACUAAAUUGUUCAGCAAAGGCAAGGCUCUACAUCAGAUCUCUGACGCCAUCGAAGAAGCACAGGAGCUCGCCAAGGAGUUGGGCGACCUGCGUCAAAGGUACAUGCUUGAGGCACAAGCUAGUAGUGCGGGGGAUACCAUUGAUCCCCGGCUAAAGGCUGUCUACAGAGAUGUCGCGGAGCUUGUGGGCAUUGAUAAAACACGAGAUGAGCUGAUUGGGAAGAUGUCUGAUGGAGAUAAGGGUUCCAAGGAACAACUGAAGACGAUCUCCAUUGUUGGAUUUGGUGGGCUGGGCAAGACAACACUUGCAAAAUCAGUGUAUGACAAGAUAAUAGGGCAAUUUUAUUGUGGAGCUUUUGUUUCGGUGUCUCAGAAUCCCGACACCAAGAAGAUUUUCAAGAAGAUCCUAUAUCAACUCGACAAGAACAAGUAUGCAGGCAUUAAUGAAGCCAUUAGAGAUGAGGAACAACUCAUCGACGAACUGAAAAUGUUUCUUCAGGAUAAGAGGUAUCUCAUCAUAAUUGAUGACAUCUGGGAUGUCAAUGCAUGGGGAAUUAUCAAGUGUGCUUUCUCAAAGAACAACAUGGGUAGUCAACUGAUGACGACAACCCGCAUAAUGACUGUAGCUCAAGCAUGUUGCUCUUGCAGUCAUGACAUAGUUUAUGAGAUGAAACCUCUUUCUGGUGAUGACUCUGAAAAGCUCUUCAAUAAAAGAGUAUUUGGUCAAGAAAGUGGAUGCCCUCGUGAAUUGGAGCAAGUAUCAAGAGCCAUCUUGAAGAAAUGUGGUGGAGUCCCACUGGCCCUAAUCACUAUAGGCAGUCUAUUGGCGAGUGAUCAACGGGUAAAACCAAAGGAUCAGUGGCUAGCUUUGCUUAAGUCUAUCGGUCGUGGACUUACAGAAGAUCCUAGUCUUGAUGAGAUGCAAAGGAUUUUAUCUUUCAGCUAUUACAAUCUGCCUUCUCAUCUGAAGACAUGUUUAUUAUAUCUAAGUGUUUUCCCAGAAGAUUACGAGAUCGACAAACACCGGUUGAUAUGGAGGUGGAUAGCAGAAGGCUUUGUCCAGAGUUCGGAGGAAGACACUAGUCUUUAUGAGCUUGGAGAGAGAUACUUUAAUGAGCUUAUUAAUAGAAACUUGAUCCAGCCAAUAUACUACGACAAUGCUCAAUACCUGGCAAUUGCAUGUCGUGUGCACGAUAUGAUACUUGAUCUUAUAUGUUCCCUGUCGAGUGAAGAGAAUUUUGUUACUAUAUUGCAUGGUACCGAGGGAAGCACAACCAGUUCGCAGAGCAAGGUUCGUAGGUUAUCAUUUCAUAAUAGCAUGCCAGAGCUGACCACCCCUGAAGUGGACACCACACGCAUGUCACAAGUGAGGUCUGUAACUCUCUUAAGAAGUGUUGAUGAUCUGAUUCAAGCUCUUCCAAGCUUUCGGUUCUUACGUGUAUUGGACUUAGAAGGUUGUAAUCUUGGGAAAAGUAGCCACGAGAUACAUCUUAGGAAUUUGGAGAAUUUGUUUCACCUGAGGUACCUAGGGCUAGCACAUACACGUGUUAAGGAUCUCCCAAUGGAAAUAGGAAAGUUAGGGUUUUUGGAGACACUGGACUUGAGAGGAAAUAAUUUAGUGGUGUCAUCAAGUAUUGUUUUGCUGGGACGUCUGAUUUGCCUAAGAGUUGACAAUGAUAUGAGAAUGCCUGUCGGGAUGGACAACUUGGUGUGCUUAGAAGUGCUGGACGAAGUGCAUGUGGAUGGUUCUGAGGUUUUCGAGAAAGAGCUAAGUCGUCUGAUCAAGCUGAGGGUGCUCAGUCUUAGGUUGCAUGGAAGCAACGAGAGGGCGUGCAAAUCCUUGGUUGAGUCCCUAGGAUAUCUGCUGAAAUUGCAAAUUUUGUUAAUCAAGAAUCAGGAUUGUACAAGAUUUGAUGGCUGCUGGGAUAGCUGGGUGCCCCCUCCAAGUCUCUGGAUCCUCCAGUUUCGUAGAUGUACAUCAAGAGUGCCUAGGUGGAUUAAUUCUACAUCGCUUCUCCUACUGCGGUUCUUAUAUAUAGUUGUGGAUGAAGUGCGGGGUGAGGACAUUGAGAUCAUAGGGAAGCUGCCAGCUCUUCUAUCAUUAUUGCUGAAGACCACCGAAUGUCAGCAUACUUGUGUAGAGAUGCCCAUCAUUGGUGCCGGUGCAUUCCCAUAUUUGAUCGACUGCAAUUUCAAAAAAUUUGUAACGGUGCCAUCUAUGUUUCCACGAGGAGCAUUGCCGAUGCUCGAAUCCCUCGACUUCUGGGCACCAGCGUCACGCAUCGCCAGUGGCGAGCUGGACGUGGCCAUGGGGCAUCUCCCUUCCCUCCAGAAAGUCAGCGUUACCUUUUUGCCCGAGGAAAACGUGGAUUUGUGGUUGGAGGAAGCGCGCGUCGCCCUGAAGCAUGCAGCGGACGCCAAUCCAAACCGUCCCUCCAUUUCUUGCUAGUUUAACUAACAACCAAGAAUCAGAGGAAGAAGAGGAGGGGGAGCCUGCAGUCGUGUUCAUUGAUAAUAAUAAAUUCAUUCAAACCCACAGCUUUACCGGGAGUUGAUUUCACUCGACCUCAACGAUCAACACAACUAAUGCUUAUCAUGGUCGGGCGUUAAUGUCAUUCCUGUUCCUUCAUCGUCGAGAUCAAUCAAUUUUCUUCCAUUUGUGUGCUCUUGUCUUUAGACACAUUGUUCCACCGUGUCCACAAUCUAUCCAAUUGUAUCUUUUAUUUGCUUCCUUCAGCUGGAGGAUCGAAUAGUUUCAUUUCAGUGUAUGGUGUUAGCUAAGCUUGCAACACUAAUGCUAGAAGGGAUGCAUGGAAGCUUCAGUUUACUUAUGAUAAACGAAUUCUAUUUUAUUUUUUAAUUCCGUUUUUCUUCGAAUAAUGGAACUUUUAAUUAUGAUU